AACGAACUAAAUUUAGGUUCGCUUGAGCGUUGAACUUGGAAUGUUCACUAGAGGACGCGGUGACCGCAGUGUAGCCCAGUCAGUGACGUCUAACCGGCGGAAGUAAACAAACCCUUUCAUCUGUAUGAAUUGCCGGUUGUGAGCGGUGUCUGGUGCUGAAGCUGAGCUGGGACACAGUGGACAGUGAUAUUCACUACGAUGAAUUUUUCCCUAAACAGAGACACGGCUUUCCUAAACGCAGACGAAGCCUCUGCAGUCGAGACGGCGGUCAGGACGGCGGUCAUGUCCAUCCUGAAGGUUUUCUGCGAGGUGAAUGAGAAGAGGUCGCACUGCUACGAGGCCAAGUUAGCCGAGGCGGAAAGAGAGAACACAGCGCUGAAGAUCCAGUUAAAAGCAGCCGAGCAGGAGCUUCAGACCUUACGACAGAUCUCUACUAACUAUAAAAUCUCAGCUGAGGUCACCUUCACCGCAGACGUUGAAGAAACCGGACCAGAACCGGCGUCUUUCCAGAACGUCUCAGAGAGCGACUCUGUCCCGGUGCUAAAGGAAGAAGAAGAGCCUUUUUACCAGAGCAGUUUGUUUAUAAAGAGUGAAAUGACAGAGGAAUAUUCAGCGGUGGAUUUUGAAAACGCGCAAAUUUGCCAACAGACUGCCCAGAUCCAGACAUAUGUGACCCACAACACCCACGCCCACUCACUCCAUUCAGAUCCAGUUUUAACCGGAUCGGAGAAAAAGAGACUGACACGGUAUGAGAAUGUGAGAAGAUACAGAGAAAGGAUCCGAGCUGAUCCUGUGAAAUACCUCGCCUGGAAGGAGAAGAACCACUUGAGGUAUCUGCAGAACAGAAAGACCAUUAAUGAACUGCCCGAGCCCAUGAAGAACCUGCAGAGGAAGGCCUGGAGAGAAGCUACAAGGAGACAUCGAGCAAAAAAGCUGGCUCAAGCUGCUCUUUCUGCUUCGUCCAUGUCACAAACCCCCAGUUUAUGACCAGGACACUUAUUUUUUUAUUUUAUUUUAUCUUAGACUCUGUGCUCUCUGGGCAAAAUGUGCCCACUUUGUAUAUGUGUAUUUAUGAAUGCUUGAGCUGAAUGAAAAUUGAUACCUAUGUGGUCAUAAACCAGAUUGAUUUUGUGAUGUUUUAAAAUGAUGUCUAUGGUUUUGUUGGUCCAAUGCACAUGAAGACAAAGAUGUGGUUUAGGUAUUAAAUUGCAGAAAUAAAUUUCUGUGAAUCCGCUUAGUAAUUAUCUUGGUUUUAUUUAUUUAUUUAAUUGAUUUAUUUAUUUUAAAUAAGUAAUCAGUGAACAUACACAUUUUGUCAGAAAUAGUGAAGUUCCGGAUUUGAGUAAUACUGAUGUCUGGGCAUGUUAAUGCACAGAGGCUAUAUUUAGACAUAGAAAUGCUUAACAGGAAAAGGUAGAAGGUGUCUAGUGAUGGGAAAUCGGGCUCUUUUCAGUGAGUCAAAUCAUACGACUCAGCUGAACAAGAAGAGUCGACUCUUUACUCUCCCGACUGCUUUUUAAUUUUAUUUUUUUACUGAUUUCCCCGAUUGAUUGAUUGAUUGAUUGAUUGAUUGAAUAUUUAUUUAUUUAUUUAUUUAUUUAAUUUUAUUUUAUUAUUAUUAUUAUUAUUAUUAUUAUUAUUACUUACCUAACUUUGAUUGAUAUUGUUUCUUUAAACCUGUAACAAUCUAAUGUUUAAAAAUAGUUCAAUCGGGAAGGUAGUACAAAUGAGGUAUAGUAAGCAUCUCUGCGUUAAUAUAAUGAUGAUUCAGUUUUAUUUUAUUUUAUUUUAUCACCAACCCAGUACAUGUUAAAGAAAAAAGCAGGAUGCUUCGGAUCCUCCCUUUACUGUAUGCUGCAUUAUAAUACAAACAACUGAGUCAUUAAUGAUAACACACACCUCAGAUUUUGGAGGAAAAGGUGUCAGUUGAAAUAUUUUGUACAAGUAAAGGUACAGAUCAUAGCACAAGACUAACAUCAUUGCUUAUACCUAGAAAUAAAUACAUAUAUAAUACAUUUUAAACAACAACAACAAAAAAUGGCUUAUUAAUGUUAAUAUAAUUUCAACGUUCACCCAAAAGAACCGACUCAUGGAGUCGAAUCAUCAGUGAACCGAAUCACUGGAAACUGAAUCAUUGCUCGUAGUAACACUAACAACAGUUGAGGCGUUAGUAUGUUUGCUACUUUAUUGUUCAUUCCCCAUUUAAUAGUGUGAUAUAGAGUGUAUUUAAUUUUAUAAAUUAAAAGUUUCUUUCAAAUAC